UUUAUCAGAGUCUUAGCCUUUUAAUUUGUAUGAGCUUUAUCUUAUCUGCUGUACAUUUUCCUUCAACUCUGCUGUUUACUUUCGAUGGGUUUUAAGCAAGGAAGGGGCAUUUAUCACACCCAGCAUUAUCUUGUUCAGUCUCCCUGCUUAUUACUGACCUAUCGGGCUAAACUGGGAGUGCCGUGCAAGCAGGGACCCUGUGUAUCCUGCCCGCUUGUCAUCCUGUGUCCAUGGAAGGUAUGGAGGCCAUUGGCCUUUGAUAAACAAAGGUCUGGUCCAGGGAAGAGAGGGGUGGGGGGUGGUUGAGGCUGACAGGCCUCCCAGGAGGCAGGGAGAGAGGGCUUUGGAAGCUGGGACGGCGACCCGGUCAAGAGUUGGCCAGUGCAAUCCCUCGGCUAGUGCAGGAGCAAGGGGAAAAGUACAGGUGUAAGAGAUCAAUUUAAGUAGAAGCUACCUGGCCCUUGACCAGGGAGGAGGCAGAGGGAGAUGCCAGGGAUAGCUCUCAGGAGAGUAACUUGGUAAGAGCAGAGCACCCCAGUUUAGGACUGGAGGCUCAGAGCUCCUGGCUGCCUUGGAUCACGCCUGUGCGAGGGAAGCCCUGGGGGAUCCCCAGAAGCUGUCACCUGCCCGCCUAGCCCUUGCGCAGAGUUCCAGGCCAGAAGAUAGCAGUGAGUUUCUGGUCUUGCUUCCUCCUCCCCUCCAUGAUUUCAGUGGCAUCCCACAGUAGCCCAAGGUGGUGGCUAUGAUGAGCCCACUGUAUAGAUGGGGUCACUGAAGUCGAGCCGGAACACAUGACGGUCCAGGGUCAACGAGUGAGUGGGGCUGGAGGCAGCCUCUGGGACAGGGGCACAGGGCUCUUAGCCCUCCCCCUCCCCCUGCCUCCGGCUGCGGACUGGCACAAGGCAGAAGAACCGAGGCUGGUCCCCUGCUGGGCCCCUGACCUGCCCUUGGCCUCUGCCCCGGCCCUGUCCCGCUCCGGUGGAAGCCCCAGCUCAGCGCGCCACUUGGGGGCCCACCCGACUGCUUCGCUGGCACCCGUUGGCUCGCUGGGCCCCCUGAGCCCGCCCCCACUGCCCCGCCCCUCCAAACGGCCACUCCACGUCCAAAGGCAGCUGCUUCCAAGGUGGAAGCUGGGCCCCGCUGCCAGGAGGCCGCCGGCUUGAGAGCGGCGCGGGACUCGGCUUCCACGUGCGCGCCUGCUCUGCCACCCCACCGUCUUCCCGGGAGGCCGGGUCCCGGGACGCGCCUACCAGGGAACGGCGCCCCGCGUCGCGCGCUGGCCUCGGCUCGGACGUCAGCGCGCGGCCGCCCGCCGCCCGACCACUCUCCAGCGCCGGCGGUCCGACGUGCCAGGAGCCGCGAGCCCAUGGAGGGUCUGGGCCGCUCGUGCCUGUGGCUGCGCCGGGAGCUGUCGCCCCCGCGGCCUCGGCUGCUGCUCCUGGACUGCCGAAGCCGCGAGCUGUACGAGUCGGCGCGCAUUGGCGGGGCGCUGAGCGUGGCCCUCCCCGCGCUGCUGCUGCGCCGCCUGCGGCGGGGGAGCCUGUCGGUUCGCGCGCUCCUGCCCGGGCCGCCGCUGCAGCCGCCCCCGCCCGCCCCGGUGCUCCUGUACGACCAGGGCGGGGGUCGGCCCCGGCGCGGGGAGACAGAGGCCGAGGAGUGGGAGGCCGAUUCGGUGCUGGGCACCCUGCUCCAGAAGCUGCGAGAGGAAGGCUACCUGGCAUACUACCUACAGGGUGGUUUCAGCAGAUUCCAGGCAGAGUGCCCCCACUUGUGUGAGACCAGCUUUAGCAGCCGUGGUGGCCCAAGCACAGCCCCGGUGCCCAGCCCAGUGGUGGGGCUGGGCGGCCUGUGCCUGGGCUCAGACUGCUCUGAUGCAGAAUCCGAGCCUGACCGUGACUCCAUGAGCUGUGGCCUGGAUUCAGAGGGUGCCACACCCCCCCCAGCGGGGCUGCUGCCAUCCUUCCCUGUCCAGAUCCUGCCCAACCUCUACCUGGGCAGUGCCCGGGAUUCGGCCAACGUGGAGAGCUUGGCCAAGCUGGGCAUCCGCUACAUCCUCAAUGUCACCCCCAACCUCCCUAACCUCUUCGAGAAGAACGGUGACUUUCACUACAAGCAGAUCCCCAUCUCAGACCACUGGAGCCAGAACUUGUCCCAGUUCUUUCCUGAGGCCAUUGCGUUCAUUGAUGAGGCCUUGUCCCGGAACUGCGGGGUGCUCGUUCACUGCCUGGCAGGCGUCAGCCGCUCCGUCACCGUCACCGUGGCCUACCUCAUGCAGAAGCGCCACCUGUCACUCAACGAUGCGUACGACCUGGUCAAGCAGAAGAAGUCCAACAUCUCACCCAACUUCAGCUUCAUGGGGCAGCUGCUGGACUUCGAGCGCAGCCUUCGGCUGGAGGAGAGGCGCACCCGGGAGCGCAGCAGCGGAGGGCAGGAGUCCGCCGCCUCCGACCCGCCCUCCUUCUUCACGACCCCUACCGGCGAUGGUGUCUUCGAGCUGGACCCCACGUAGGGUCCCUUCCCACGCCCCCACCGGGUGCCCCUCGCCACCCAUGUGCUGGGGGGAGGUGGGAGGGGGCUCAGCCAGAAGCAGGGGGUGGGGGGGGUUGAGCACAAUACCUCAUGGGAGGGCUGUUGGGAAGAGGUGGAGCCAGGAGCCCCUCCAGAGUGGCCUCGGGGAGAGACCCAUCCUACCCACUUGAAACAUCCACGGGAAUCCUAUUAAAUGUGCCUAUAAGCCGGGCCCAGGGCCACCAGCCUGACCCGCGCCGCUUUCGGGCGGAACCACGCUCCAGAACCUGCCUCUUCUGCGACUGUUACUUUUUUCUUUGGGGGGGGUGAGGGUGGGGGGAAUUCCCAUUCCAAGGGACCGUUCCAGGUGGCUGCCUGUUCCUGGGCCUCGAGCCUCCCUGUGGCUUUUCCCUUCAGGAGGGUGUGUGCCUGCUCUGGGGACCCGCUCCCAGUCCCACCCCUGUCCCCAAAUGGCUGCUUCUGGGGAGGGGUUCACCGCCAGUUAGUCGCCUCCCUGCUUCUCUGCCAAGGGCUUAGGCCGCUUGGGGCUGAGGGCCUCCCUGGAGAUGUGGGCUUGGAGGUGCACUGCCUGCCCGGCAUCCGUGUAGACAGCCCCUCUCUGGGUGGCUCCUCGCUGGGCAGCACCGCAGGGGAGGGUGCUGGCCUGGGAGCUGCCCGAGCGGGUUCCCGGCCACACAUCUGGCGCCCUGUUUAUCCACUUGACGUUUGAAAAGAUGCUUUUCUUUCCUCUUCCCCCAGAUGUCUUAACGGGAUCACUGGGGCUCUUUGUGACUGAGGGUGGCCAAACUGCUGCCAGAGGAGAUGGGGGUCUCAGAGCAAGAGCUGGGGGCAGGGAAGGAGAAGAAGGAGGCCUGGAUUUGGCCGCUGUGGGUCCCACAUAGCCACGGUCGGUCUGGGGGGCAGGGAAGGGGCCAACCUGCAUAUACAGAGUCAUUCAUUGCAGGGCACACCCCUGGUGGGCGGCGUGCAUGCACGUGUGUGCGCUUGUGUCAGCACUCACACACCUGGCCCAGGGCCAGCAGUCCUUGCUGCGGGACCAUCUCACGCUUGGGAAUCCACACCACGGUUGCUUUCUUUAAUUGUUCCUGAAUAAACACUUUCUGUAAGACACUGAACAGAGGGAACUGCUUCCAGAGCACCCUGCAGGGCUUGGGGGAAGCUGGGGAGGGAAGCCUUAGGAGAGGGGCGGGGUGCGUGGAGCCCCAUGCUGGGCUGGUUGGGGACUUGAGCACUACCCACCCUCACGCCAUUAUUUCCCAUCUGGCACCCAUGCAGCCUGUUGGCCCAACCUCCAGCAGAGCCGCUCAUCCACUCUUGACCCAUUGAGCCCCUACACUGGGCCACACACUGCUAGGGACUGGGAUGCAGCAGCGAGCCAAAGACGCCUACUGCUCAGAGCUGACUUCCUGGAGGGGCAGGAGAGACACUAAACAACAGACACCAAUGGUGCUGAGAGAGCGAGGGAGCGGGGACCCAGCAGUGACCACAGGGUUUGGCAGCUGAGCCCCAAGACUCUGGUGUGGAGUCAGAGCCAAGCCUCAGGGUGAGCUGAUGGGAGCCACAUAAGGACAGGAGCUGGGGAGGGAUAGGGGCAGACUCGCAUGUCCAAGCUCAUGUCCCUGUGGCUGACACUGUGUGGAAUUUGGUCCUUGGACGGCAAAGGCCACCUGAAGUGACAAAUGAGGCUUGCUCUUUCCUGGCUUCCUGGCCUCAGCUCUGGACAACUCCAGGGCCUUCUGCACCCCGAAGCUGGAGUGGUCCUUCCAAAGCCAUGAUUCCUGGGGCAUCUGCAUGGUGCAGUCGCUUUAGUGUCCAGCUCGUGGAUUUGGCUCAGGUCAUAAUCUCAGGAUCAUGAGAUCGAGCCCUACAUCGGACUCCAUGCUCAGUGGGGAGUCUGCUUCCUCUCUCCCUCCCCCUCUGCCCCUCCCCCCAGUCUUGCACACACACACACUCUCUCUCAAAUUAAUAAAUCUUUAAAACCAUGAUUCCCAACCACAGACACAUGGCAAGAGGUGGAAGGGAAGCUGGAGGGUGGGUGGGGACAAGUGCACUAUAAGCAUGUAGCGGAGACUGUGUGUCCAGAGAAACUCUCCUGGUCCAGGACCCCUAAAACCAUUUGAGUAAAUGGCUGAGCUGGUGGGAAAAUAAGAGAAAGUCUCCAAGGUCAGAAACAAUGAGGGUCCUUGAGUCCAGAGGAGUGAGACAGCCCCUGGGUUGGCACCUGACCAGGGGGCAUCUACACCCAGGAACCAGGACCCCAGGCCACCUCUCCCCAUUAGACACCCUCUUCCUAUAGCUAUCCAGAUGCUUCCCAUGGGAGCUGGGAGAUGAUUCCUGGGCCCCCACAUAAGACCCAUAUUCUCGAAGGGCAAUGAUCUCAAUAGGCAUGGUUGGCAGAAUACUGGCCCCCCAAAGAUGGCCACAUCCUAAGUCUGGGCCCUUGUGAAUACGCUUCCUUAAGCGGCAAAAAGGACACGGCAGAUGUGAUUAAGUCAAGGAUCUUGAGAUGGGGAGACUGUCCUGGAUUAUCUCGGUGGGCCCGAACACCAUCAUAUGCAUCUUUACAAGGGAAAGAGGGACGCAGGAGAGUGAGAGGAGGAGACGUGGCAAUGGAAACAAGGGUCAGAGCCAGAAAGAUGGGAAGAGGCUACACUGCUUGCUCUGAACAUGGACAAAAGGGCUGCAAGCCAAGGAAUGCAGGCAGCCUCUAGAAGCAAAUCGGCAACAGGUUCUUCCGUCUGGUCUCCCGAAGGAACACGGCCCUGCUGACACCUCGAGUUUAGUUCAGUGAAAUCUAUGUUGCAUUUCCGACCUCCAGAACUGUGAGAGAGUUUCACACAGCAGCAGCAGCAACUGAAUACAACUGGUGACCUAGAAACAAAAUAGCCCACCAAAAGAGGGCUGGCUGCUGGGGCACCUGGGUGGCUCAGUCCUUAAGCGUCUGCCUUCGGCUCAGGGCGUGGUCCCGGCGUUCUGGGAUCGAGCCCCACAUCAGGCUCCUCCGCUGGGAGCCUG